UCUACCAGGAUGCUCUCUAUAACCCCCCCAGGCAGAUAUCUGUGGAUGCACACAGAUUGCAACUCUCCCGGGAUUAAAACACAACACCAGUGCAUUUUCAUCCGGCCGCUUUGUCACGAUCGAGCGAGGAAGUGAAUUGUUGCGACGAUGGAAGAAGAUGAAGAGCAAACAGAGGAGACGGAGCAAUCACACAGCCAAGUUGUCCACAAGCAGCAAAGACAAGGUUGGGCUCCAUGUUUCUUCUCUCGGCCCGAUAAAGAGAUGUAUAAUUACGUCGGGCAAGAGAUCGUCAUCCAGGAAGGUUUUGACUCCUAUGCGGGAAUGAUAUGGCCCGGGGCUUUGGCUCUCAGUCGGUACCUGGACUCGCAUCGGAGCCAGCUGAAUCUCGUGGACAAAGCCGUAUUGGAGAUCGGCGCAGGGACCGGCCUGCUGUCCAUCGUGGCCUCGCUCCUCGGGGCCUGGGUGACCGCUACCGAUCUGCCAGAUGUUCUGGGCAACCUGACAUUCAACGUGAGCAAGAACACGAGGGGACGCUGCAGGCGCACCCCCCAGGUGGCCCCUCUGUCCUGGGGCUACGACCUGGAGCGCACCUACCCCACGGCCAUCUAUCGCUAUGACUACAUCCUGGCCGCUGAUGUGGUCUACCACCAUGAUUUCCUGGAUGAGCUUCUGGCCACCCUGAAGCAUUUCUGCCAGCCAGGGACCACCCUGCUCUUGGCCAACAAGAUCAGAUUGGAGUCUGACCAGACAUUUCUGGAUACAUUUAAGAGGAUCUUUAAUACACGCUUGCUGGAAGAAGACGAAUCGUUAGUCAUCUUCAUGGCCACGUGUAGAGAAGCUAAGGAGGGAGAGGACAGAGGGGAAAGGCCGGCGCGAGGGGAGGGAGGCCGUUGCCAUGAAAAAAACAUGGAUGGAAAAUCUUGCCGGAUGGAUUCGUAAUACAGGACUCGAUGGAGAAGCUUUUGGAGAGGCGAGAAGAAAAAAAAACAAUGCAAUGAGGAGACAACGAGCCAAUCAGUGAGCUCUGCGGCCAAAGUAGGGAAGCAAAUUGUGU